UCUGUGAUAAAUGACCUCUGCAAUGAGACAAGAUCUGACCUGUUCAAUAUGUCAUGAAAUAUUCAGAGAUCCUGUUAUCCUGUCAUGCAGCCACAACUUUUGUAACAAAUGUCUGGAUGGGUGGUGGAGAGAGAAACAAAUACGUGAAUGUCCCAUUUGUAAGAGCACAUCUGACAGAAAACACAGACUAAGUAACUUGGCUUUAAAGAACCUGUGUGAGACCUUCUUACUGGAAGGAGGUCAGAAAGCUUCUAUAAAGUCUGAGCCUCUCUGCAGUCUGCACUCUGAGAAACUGAAACUGUUCUGUCUGGAUCAUAAGAAGCCAGUACCCAUUGAUGAGCUCCAGAAAUCACUGAAGCCUGUACAGGAGAAACUGAAGCUCUUUCAGCAGAUUAAAGGAAAUUUUGAUGAAACAGCAGAACACAUUAAGGUCCAGGCUCAACACACAGAGAGUCAGAUUAAGAAGCAGUUUAAGAAGCUUCACCAGUUCCUACAGGAGGAAGAGGAGGCCAGGAUCAAAGCUCUGAGGGAGGAAGAGAAGCAGAAGACUCAGAAGAUGAAGGAGAAGAUUGAUGUUCUGAUCAGAGAGAUAGCAGCUCUUUCAGACACAAUCAGAGUCACAGAGAAUGAGCUGAAAGCUGAAGACAUCUCAUUCCUACAGAAUUACAGGACUGCAGUGGAAAGAGUCCAGCAGCGCCCUCUCAUGGAUGAUCCACUCGUCUCAGGAGCUCUCAUAGAUGUGGCCAAACAUCUGGGCAACCUGACCUACAACAUCUGGGACAAGAUGAAGGAGAAUGUCUCCUACAGUCCUGUGAUUCUGGAUCCAAACACUGCUCAUCCACACCUCGUCCUGUCUGAAGAUCUGACCAGUGUGAGUUUCAGACAGAAGCAGAAGCUUCCAGACAACCCAGAAAGAUUUAACUACUUUCCAAUCGUCCUCGGCUCUGAGGGCUUUAAGUCAGGUUCUCACAGCUGGUAUGUUGAAGUUGGAGACAGCCUGGAGAGUCGCUUCCGCCUGGCAUCACAAUCUUGGUGCCUCAGUCCAGAGACAAUCGGGUCCCAGACAGAGUCAACAAUCGGCAUGUGUCCGUGGGAGUGGGGGCAGGUACAAGAGCGUCUCACUGCAGUGAUCUUCCGGGGAGUUGUUGUUCCACCAGGGGCCUUGACCAAGGCCAGUGCUGUUAGGGCGCCGAAAACAAAUAAUAUUGCGAUUGUUUGGUCUUGGGGCAAGUAG